UGCUUUUAGGCCUCCCUACCCAUAUAUCCACAAAGACAAUGCUGGGCAAAUAAAUUGUUGUAAAUACACCAGGAAUAAGGGUACAACUGUUGUAGGACCAAUAGUAAAGACUACUGCUUCUCCCUGAGGCAUGCAACCAGCAAAAGGUGAUUGUGCUUUCUUUGGCACUUUUUUUUGCCAGGGCAGAGUUGUGUGGGUAUUUUUAUUAUUAACAUUUUUGGACUGUGUGACUCUGACAGGACCCAGAACAAUGUUUACAGAGUUUGCCUUGAAGUGAUUUGCUCUGGAAGCCAGAAGGGGAAGCAGCAAAAAGAGGAGAAAUGAUGGGUCCAUUUCUCUGCCUGUGGAUUGCAACUUUCUUUGCGGUGAUCCAGGGCUGCCCGGAGCCCUGCACUUGUGUAGAAAAAAAAUAUGGCCGCCAGCUAGCAGAAUGUGCUUACAGAGGUCUCCAGGGGGUUCCCGCAGGGCUGCCCUCCAACGUGACCACCCUCACCCUAUCUGCCAACAAGAUCACCUCCCUACAGCACAGCUCCUUUCUGGAUGUCACCCAGGUACAGUCACUGUGGCUGGCGCACAAUGAAAUCUGCACCAUUGAGGAAGGCACCUUUGCCAGGCUGCUGCAUUUGAAAAACAUAGACCUCAGCCAUAACCAGCUUGUGGACUUCCCCUGGGGGGAUCUGUACAACCUCAGUGCCCUACAGCUGCUGAAGAUGAACAACAACCAGCUUGUGAAGCUACCCUGGGAGGCCUUCCAAACCCUGAAAAACCUGAGGUCCCUGUGGAUCAAUGACAACAAGUUCACUACCAUUGCCCAGGGCACUUUUGAUGCCAUGAGUUCACUGUCCCAGUUGCAGAUCUACAACAACCCAUUGAACUGCACCUGCAGGCUCCUGUGGCUGAAGACCUGGGUUGAGAACACCCUGAUCUCCAUCCCCAAGAGGGACUCCAUCAGCUGUGCAGCCCCGGAAAGCCUCAGAGGCAUCCCCCUGGGGAAAAUCCCUAACCUUCAAUGUACACCUCCCUCUGUGCAGCUGACAUACCACCCCAACCUGGCCAACACCAUGCUAUAUGAUGGGCUCAUGCUCAUGCUGCACUGCAGUGUCACAGGUAGCCCCCAGCCAGAGAUUAGGUGGGAGAUCCAGACCUCCAGCCAAGGAACAGAGAUAAAUGGGCCUAAUGUGGAAAGAGAUGGGAAUCACCUAUCUGCUGGGGGCUCCAAGCAGAAUGCAGAGAGCUUUCUGCUCUUCAAGAAUGGCACCCUGGUCAUCCCCAACUUCAGCAAGCAAGAGGAAGGGACCUACACCUGCCUGGCCACCAAUGAGGUUGGUACUCGCGAGGUCUCAGUCAACGUGGCAUUGGCCAGUUCAGAGAACACGGUGGAAGAUCUGCUCAGAAACAAUCUCGCAACCAGUAAGCUUGGAGCUAAACACUGCAACAAGGAAGCCCAAGCCAAUUCUUCGAAGGCUGGAGAAAAGCUUGUGAUCAUUUACCGUGUUCCUGCAGGGAUGGGGAGCAGUGAUGGAGGCACUUUUCUGGAGUCACAUCUCUGGGCUUGCAUGCUCUGUUUAGUCAUUUUCCUUUACUGUUAAGGGAAACACCAAAGGGUUUCUUUGUAUUUCUGUAUCAUUUAUAUUGACAUAGUGUCACGCAUGCACUGAGCUGCUGGGAGCUGUCUGAGGCACUAAUCAAAGCUGGGGCUGAGAUGCAGAAGCCAGAUGUGACUUUCAAACCUUCCUUCACCCCCUAGUUUGGUGACAUUCAGAAACAGGUGUUUGGUUCAGCCAACUGUAUUAAACAAGCCAGCUGGGAAACCUGAUCCAGGAUCCCAACCCCACCUACAAGUCUAAGGUGUUCAGAUCUGCAGGCAGGGGUUGAUUUCAACUCAUCUUUGGAAUGAUUGUGCUGUUUCAGGAUUAAUGGCAACACUGGUGCAAUAACCCCUAUCUGGCAUGACCCAGCUUUAAACGAUUUUUUAUUAGUUGUACAGUGUGCAAUGAUGGGUGAACCCUGGAACAGAUCCAGAGAUUUGGUUCAGGUAGAAGCCAAAAACAUCCUUUCAUCUACCUUCAUUAGGGGACCUAAGUUCACCUCUGAAUAGUAAUACCAGAUGGCUGAACAGCUGGCACCUUCAUCAACCAAUCAGGUGCUUCCUUUCAAAUUAUUACUCAGUCAGUUUGUAAGCUCCUAGAAGAUAAUAUGAUUGUAAGGAAUAGCCAGCAUGGUUUUGCCAAGAACAAAUCAUGCCAAACCAACCUAAUUUCAUUCUUUGAGAGGGUUACUGGCCUAGAGGAUGCAUGGGGGAGCAGUAGACAUGAUAUAUCUUGAUUUUAGUUAGGCUUUUGACACCAUCCCACAUGACAUUCUCAUAAGCAAAUGUGGUCUAGAUAAAAUUACUAUAUGGUGGAUGCACAAUUGGUUGAAAGAUCAUUCUCAAAGAAGUUAUCAAUGAU